CCGUCUGCGUGUCUGUCUGUCUCCCGCCGCUGGACGAGAUGGCAGCUCCCGUCGCCCUGUGCGUGGCGACCGCGCUGCUGGCGCUGCUGGCGGGCGUGCACGAGGCCCAGGCGAAACGCGGGUGCUCGUCCUUCGGCCACUCGUGCUUCGGCGGCCACGGCAAGCGCUCGGACGAGGCGAUGCUCGCUGCGGGGCCGCCCAUGCCGCAGCAGGGCCCAGGGGAGGACGAGCAGGUGUACCUGGGCAGCGGGCGGGACGGCGGCAACGACUUCUCCCGGCAGCCGGGCCUGCGCGUGCCGCCCUUCCUGCGCCAGUGGCUGGAGUCCUACCGACGCAGCUCGGGGAUCGAGGAGAGGAAGUGAGAGCGCAGAGGUCCAGAACAUCUCACCCAUCCACCUUCUCUGAUCUCCUCGUCUGAGCUGUUUGUGUGUCACUUCUUCUGUUAAAUAAAUACGUUUCCA